UGAAAAUCAUUUCAGACUUGCAAGACUGAAGGAGAAGACUUUCCACCUUCAGGAAGAGGAAAUUUCCAGGAAAAAUGACGAAGAGCCCGAAGAAAUAAAAAUGGAGGAAGAGAAUUGCGGGCUCUGUAAAGGCGGGGAAAAGUCAGGGUCGACUCACGUUCACAUACAAGACUUGUGUCCGGCUGAUAGGAAACGCAUUACCAGGCUUGUGGAAAAACUGGUUGAGGCAACUCAAGCCAAAGAUAAAUUAGAGAUGGAUGUGGCUGAAGUAAGAGCAGAAAACGAAGCGCUGAUAAACCGCUACGACCUUUUCACAACUGAGCGCGAGGAAGAAAUGAAGAAAAUCAAGUCCAAGCUUUCAGAGAAGACAGACCAACUGAACAAAUUCCGUCUUCAAACAUCGCAUUCCCUCGAGCUUUUAGCGGAGCAAGUGAAGGCUCAGGAGACGGAGUACCUGAAGCUCACCGACACCGUGAACGAGCUUUUACGAGAGAAACUACGGUUACAGAAUGCCGUAGCCGAGCGCGAUGCAAAAAUUCGUCUCCUCGAGGUGAGAAUAAAUAAGAAAGAAGAAGAAGAAUUCAAAGUAGAGAGACUUGUGCCUCUUGAAGAGCAUGAGGAAACUCGUGAAACAGUGUGAGAAGGCGAACCAUUAUCCAUUUGUCAAAGGAAAAAUUAAAUUUUUUAGCCCAACCAAUUUUUUUCGUAAA